GUUAUCGCUCCCUCAUGCCAAUCCUCAACUGAACCACUCUCUCCUCUUUUCUCUUUUUCUGUCCCACAGCCCACUCUCUCCCAUCCCCACCACACACACCCUGCUCACGACCAUCCCUCCCUUGCGCCCGACCACGGCAUCUACAUGUCCGACUCGAGCGUGCCUCGACGACAGCCGCCAAGUCCGCUUGUAUUCAGCCCCGAGACCGUCCUCAACAAUCCCAUCCAAGUUCAGCCCAGCACCAGCAGCGCAGCCAACUCUCAUGGAUCCGGUUCAAACAUGGUAUCUAUGCCUUUCGUCAGGCGACAUGUCACCCGUCGCCUCAAGGCCGCAAAGGCAGAGUGCGACAAGGAGCUCCAGCGCGUCACCAACUCCAUAACCUCCUUCUUCGAGGAACGGCUCCGGGAGGGCGAGCACGAGCAGGAGCAGGAGCGCGAGCAGCGGGAGUACGAGCGUGAGCGCGAUCGCGAAUCCCAGGCGGGCGAUAUCGAGCCUCUCCGCGAGGCCUUCGUCCUCCAGCCCCAGGAGCUGCGAUCCGCCCUGCAGUUCGACGAAGUCAGCUCGGAUGGAGGCUACGAGGCAGAGCCCGAGGGUCAUGGGCACAGCCGCCAACGUGCGUUUCUCGACGACGACCGUCCCGAACAUCCUACGCUGACCCACCGGGCUUCGUCACCGGGACUCCUUACAGCGUCUGUCUCGUCGACCAGCCCUUCGUCGCUCCGUCGACACCCCACUCUGCCCAGGGAACGUCCCAUCAACGUCGUCGCCUCCAACACCGGCGCGUCGAGCCCGUCGUCGGUGACCACCCCGCCGCCCGAGGCGGUCAGUCCGCGCAAGCAGGGCGAGUCCUCGCGCUCGGGACAGUGGGCCGGCCAGAGCCUGGCCUCGCGCCGGCUGUCCCGCACCAUUCACAUCCCUGCACGCCCGCCCCGCUCUGGACACAGUUCCCGGUCCACGUCCCGUUCGCGCUCGCCCCUCCCGCGCUCCAGCUACGCCGACUCCUCGUCCAACCGCCGAUCAUCACGCAUAUUGGUCGACGACCCCAUCGACCCGAUCAUGACCACGCUCUACGAGAUCAUCGCAGUCGCGACGGACGUGCUCGACAUGUCCAUCAACCAGCUCACCGCGAACCCGAAGGUGUGCGAGACGCUCGUCCAGCGCGUGCAGAACAUCGGCAAGGCGUGGGACGAGCACCCGGACUGGCACGGGCGCAACUGGUACGUGCAGGUGCUCCUCGCCAUCGCGAGUCUGAGCCGCGUCGUCGAGUGGUGGGAGGCCGAGAAGCAGUUCUGGAACUUCGACGACAACGACGACGAGCAGGAGGAGCCGCUCACGUUCGUCAUGAAGCCCGCGGAGGAGGAGAUCCCGGCGAACGCGCCCACGCUCGCGGCGCGGCCGGAUCAGGAGAACGCGCUCAAGCUAUCCGCGGAGGACGAGAACAGGCUGCGGAUGUCGCGGACCGCGAGCGCGAACCGCCGCUCGCGAGAUGAGGCCACCAAGGACAUCUCGUCAUCGGCGGCGACGCCCCAGAAGGACUCGGACCACGCGAAGGGCACUGCGUCCAAGUUCGAUGGCACGAACGAGUCCGCGCGCGUGCUUGCGACGGAGCGGCUGCGGCUGCAGGCUGAGACCGCCCAGAAUCAGAACAUCGUAAUGGAGCUGAGCUUGGACGGCGACCACUUCAUCUGGAUCAACUACGCGUGGCGCGGCGUGGUGGGCACCGACCCUGAAGACUACUUCGGGACGCGCGUGUCGAAGCUGCUCGCCCCCUCGGAUUGGCACGUCUUCCGUGACGCCACACGUCGCCUGCAGGAGAACGACUCACGGACGGUCGAGGUCAAGUUCAAGCUUCGGAUAGCUGGCAGCGAUGAGCCGUCCAACCUCUACCAGCCGAUGGAGGGCAGCGGUCUGCUCAUGGUCGACCUCAAGGACGGCCAGCCGACGCACACUAUGUGGGUCGUGCGGCCCGUCGGCUCCCCCGAGGUACUUCAGGCGCCCCCUUCCAUCCUGCUCGAGACAGGUGACGUCGGCGAUGAUCCUGCGUCAGCGGAGGCCACCCAGGUGGGCUUCGGCGAACGCAGCGCGCUCGAGCCCGUGACGCCCUUCCCGUUCGCGCGGCCGAUCAACACCGCGCCGAUACUGUGCCGCAUCUGCGAGUGCAACGUCCCGCAGUGGUACUUUGAGAAGCACAACGAGACGUGCAGCGAGGUGCACCGCCUGGAGGCCGAGAUCGCGGAGUGCAACGAGUCGAUCGCGGAGCUGCGCAACACAAUCCGGGACCUGCAGACGGCGAUGGACCGCAGCUCGCCGAUGACGGUGCCCGAGUACCGCGGGAUGCCGAUCUUCAGCCCGUCGACGUCGCCGAGCUCGUCGUCGCCGCUGCAGCUGCUGCGCGCGCCGCUGAAGAUGAAGCGGAUGAGCGUGAAGCGAAUGCAGCGGCAGGUGCUCGAGCAGCUCGAGGACGUGCUGCAGACGUGCGUGGAGGUGUCGAUCCCGGCGCUGAAGGAGGACGAGUCGGCGGAGCCGAUCGAGCGCCAGCGGCUGCUGUCGCCGACGUCGGAGCGCAAGAUGGCGCAGGUGCGGCACUGGAACAAGCCGUCCAUCGAGGACGCCGCGCUCACGCAGCUCAUCGAGGACGCGGAGCGGGUGAUGCGCCAGAAGAUCGACAACGUGGUGCGCAUGCAGAACACGAUCCGGUACUCGGAGAAGAUCCGCCAGGAGUGGGAGGAGAAGGUCGAGCGGACGCUGCAGUCCUGGGAGGGCGAGGACGCGGAGGACGCGGAGUGCUCUGGGGAGGAGGACGAGCGGGACGAGCGGGGCGAGGACCGUCCGGAGGGCGAGGGCGAGCAGGAGGACGACCACUCGAGCACGACGUCGGAGUACGCGUUCACUGGCCAGCAGUCUUCUGCGGACCCGACGCCGAUCGCGCCUGCGUCUCCCAUUCCGUUCAACCCUGCGCCCGAGCCUCCGCCCGCUGUGUCGACGAUGAGCCCCUCCAGCCUGCCUUCUGUCUCUGCCGUCCCCGUGCCGAUGUACUGGCAUCUGCCCCAGGCGAUCACCGCCGCGACCAACACUACGCACCAGACACGGUGCUCCACGCCUUCCUCGAUAUCGUCCCCACUGGCCCUCGCCGCGCCCAUCGUCGCGCACGAACAGCCGCCGAUGCUCGACCUGAACGAGCCUGUCUCCCAUGUGACCAUCCGGACGAGACGUUCGCCUCAGAACCUCGAGCCCAAGCUGCUCAUCACUCCCCCGCUGUCUCCUAUGGUGUCCCCUCAGGACGCGUCCAACGCGGGCACGCGCAGAUCACAUCGCAGGCAUUCGACCGCACAGCCGUUGAUCUCGCCGACGGCGUCCAUGUCUGGUCAGCCGUUGUCUCCCCGUCUCCCCUCUGUCGCGCCGCUCUCCAGGACGACGCCGACGUCCAUCAAGGACUUCGAGAUCAUCAAGCCCAUCUCGAAGGGCGCGUUCGGCUCCGUCUUUCUGGCCAAGAAGAAGGUGACGGGGGACUACUUUGCGAUCAAGGUCCUCAAGAAGGCGGACAUGAUCGCGAAGAACCAGAUCACGAACGUGAAGGCGGAGCGCAUGAUCCUCAUGAAGCAGGCGGAGUCGCCGUUCGUCGCGAAGCUGUACUUCACGUUCCAGAGCAAGGAGAACUUGUACCUCGUGAUGGAAUACCUGAACGGCGGCGACUGCGCUGCGCUCAUCAAGUCGCUUGGCUCGCUCCCGGAGGAGUGGACGCGCAAUUACAUCGCUGAGGUCGUCCUGGGCUUGGACUACCUUCACCAGCGCGGUAUCGUGCAUCGUGAUCUGAAGCCUGACAACCUGCUCAUUGACCAACACGGUCAUCUCAAGCUGACCGACUUUGGUCUCAGCAGGAUCGGUCUCCUCGGUCGUCAGACCCGUGCCCCCUUGGUCCCUGAGCAGCGAGGUGCCCGUGGCCAUAACAGAGGUAGCCCAAAUUCACGACCUCCCUCGAUCGACUCGGCGUACAUGGCGCCCUCGCCCAUGUUCCCGGCCGAUCUCAUGCCCGGUGGAGGUUCGUACUUCAGCCACAGGACACCGUCGCUUCCUCGACCUGGGUCUUCCCCUUAUCUCCCACUUACAGAUGACCCGAGCGAAUCGAGCGGGUCGGAGUCUCUGGCUUCGGGUUUCUUGUCGUUCCGCAGGAGCGGCAACACCAGGCAGCAGCUCUCCGAUAGCCCUUUGCAAUCCUUCGCUAGCGAACUCACGAACGACUUGCGAUCGCAUCCGACUCCCGGUGGUACCCCGCCCGGUGAGCAGAAGGUCGUGGGCACGCCGGACUACCUCGCGCCGGAGACCAUUCUGGGCCUAAGGGGAGAUGAUGCUGCUGUCGACUGGUGGGCGCUGGGUGUUAUCACCUACGAGUUCCUCUAUGGGAUCCCGCCCUUCCAUGACGAGACUCCAGAGAAGGUGUUCGAGAACAUUCUCUCAGGUCACAUCGAAUGGCACGAGGACUACGUCGAGGUCUCGCCCGAAGCGAAGGACUUCAUGCAGCGUCUCAUGACACUGGACCCGACCAAGCGUCUUGGGGCGAAUGGCGCUGAUGAGGUCAAGGCACAUCCUUUCUUCGCUGGGAUCGAUUGGGAUAAGGUUACGACGACGGAGGCUGCAUUCAUCCCUCAGGUCACUGAUCCUGAAUCCACUGACUAUUUCGAUCCUCGUGGCGCGGUCCUGCAACUUUUCCACGACUCCGAGCAACCGUCGCUCACACAGCAGUUCACGUCGGAUAGUACUGGUGCACCCGCCGGUGCUAGUCCUGAGGCCCCGCCUGCGAGCGCCCCAGUGACGUUGACCCGCGAAGCGACUGCCUCGCCUUCUGAUGACGACUUCGGGUCGUUCAGUUUCAAGAAUCUGCCUGUCCUGAAAAAGGAAAACGAUGAUAUGAUCCGCAAAUUGAAGACCGAGACCAGCCAACAGCAGCUCGCGCCACUGACGCAUGCGCUCUCGGAGCCACCCAAUAUCCACUCGAGGCGGCGUAGUAUCUCCAGUCGCGUUGGUCUCAAGAAGCCCACGAGCAUCGUCACUCCAGUCGACACCUCCAAGCCACCCUUGCCCACGAACCCGCCCUCGCCAGCGACGUCGACGUCCUCCAUCUCCUCGUCGGUCUCGCGCGGGCCGCCGACACCCGGUAGCGCAAGCAGCCACGCGCGCAAACCGUCCGAGUUCGGCGCAGUCGAGCGGUUCAAGCUCAACCACCUUGAAGGAGACGUCUCGCGUCGAAACUCGAUGCCCAGUCGACUCCGCACAGCAUCGGUAUCUACGACUGGCGACGGCUCCGUUUCAGAUUCUUGGUCGAACGCGGUGCCUGUUACCCCAGUCCAGUUCGAGACGCCGCCUUCAUCCGUUGCGUCGAUAGACCUGAAGCGCGCCCCGGAUCCCAGCGACCGGGCGGUGACGUGCCUUUUGGCGGAAGACAACCCGAUCACUGCGAAGAUCAUCGAGACGCUGCUCAUACGUCUAGGCUGCCGGUGUAUCGUCGUCGCGGACGGCUCCGAGGCCAUCAGUGUUGCCAUGGGUGAUAUCAAGUUUGACUGUAUCCUCAUGGAUUUGCAUAUGCCUAUUCUUGAUGGCGAAGGCGCCGCGCGGUAUAUAAAAAGUACCAACAAUAAGAAUUCGACAACACCGAUUAUUGCUGUCAGUGCGUACAGCGGAGCCGAGGUCGCGGAGUGCAAGGAGCUCUUCUCAGCUUACCUCGCUAAGCCUGUCCAGAAGGCUGACCUGGUUGCGGCCAUGCGCCAGCUGGGCUUCAAGACGUCCACGGUGCAAGGGCGUGGACAGAGCACGAGGUUGACUUCCGCUCGGUGACAUUUGGUAUAUAUUUUAUGGCCUUUCUUUACGAACCCCAUCGCUCUGCAUCAUCAAUCCGACUCUCCUGCUUCGUUUUCGUUCACACAACUGCUCAUGUCGCGUCACGCCCGUUUCAUUCUCAUCUCGUUCUCGUCAUUCGCAUCAUAUCAUGCAUAUCACUCACACAUUGCAAUAUCCAUCCAUACUCCCCUUGCCGACCGUCCCUGCAUUCGUUGUCUAUCGCGCAUUGUAAGCUAGACCUAUUGUGUUAUCAAAUAUCGUCGCUGCGAUCCGGCUGGCAAUU